AGCCUUUUUGGUUCAAGCCUUUUGGGAUUAAGCAGAGUUGGCUCAGUUGUUUGAAGGCAUGUCCUGUUCUUUGCAGCAGGUAUCGCCCUAGAUCUUGAUCGCCACACGAUGCGCAGCCGAUCCAACGCCGCAUCGGUCAUAUCUUCGUUGGGCUCGCUUUGUUUCGUCGCUAUGAGUCGCAGCUGUGUCGCUGGCGACGUUGAGUCCAAAGGUACGCACAGUCCUGACAAGGAGCGAACACAACGGCUGCAUGCUGACUCUGCGGGCACGGGCAAAGAUGGCGCUAAGACGCCUCCGAAGAAGGCUGCCGCCGACGACGAUGACAUCGACAACGGUGCACCUGGAAGGCUUCCGCCGAAGGGGUCUGAACAUGGGUACAUCUACGUCGCAAUGACUGUCUUGGGGACGUGUUUCAGCCUCGCGGCAGUGCUGGGGUGGUUCGACGACGUCUUUCCAGAGCAGGGGGGCACGAGAUCGGAGAAGAGGGCUGAGAAAAAGGAGAAGAAAGAGAAGAAGGAUAAGAAAUCGCGUAAGGCCGAUUGAAAGCCACAGUUCUGCGGAGUGGUAGUCGGCAGCCGGCGGCUGGGGCACGUCAGGCGUCGCGCAGCAACGAACACAUCCGCCUUGUCCUUUUCGUGAUCCAGUGGUGGGUCGGGAGCCUUUCCAACAACUUGGGGUUCGACAGGAGCUUCAAGCAGCAGCACAGUGAAAAUCCAAUGCAAGGACGGGCAGGCUUCCCAAGGGCGCCCUUGCGUCCUUAGACGUGUUCGGCAGUGCACCGUUGAAAAAGCUUCAGCUGGGGCUCCCGGGGCCGUCCAAGGGCUUCGCGGCCUUGCAAGACGCCCUCCCUACAGAAUUCUCAUGGCAGUGAGGCUCCCACGGACAUCCCUCGG